CCUCCCAGCCGCGCUCCGCGGCGUCGCUCGCUCCCGGCCCAGCGCGCCCAGCCCGCGCCGCCGCCGCCCGGUCCGCCGCGCUCGCAGAGGCCGCCAUGGGCACCGCGCGCUGGCUCGUGCUGGGCAGCCUCCUCGCCCUGGCCGGGCUGCUGGAAGGCCGGCUCGUGGGCGAGGGGGAAGCCGGCUUCGGCGAGUGUGACAAGUUCUUCUACGCCGAGACCCCGCCUGCGGGGCUGGCGGCCGAUUCCCACGUGAAGAUCUGUCAGCGCUCCGAGGGCGCCGAGCGCUUCGCCACCCUGUACAGCACCCGGGACCGCAUCCCCGUGUACUCCGCGUUCCGCGCGGCUCGCCCCGCGCCCGGCGCCGCGGAGCAGCGCUGGCUGGUGGAGCCGCAGAUCGAUGACCCCAAAAGCACCUUUGAGGAGGUGGCUAAUGAGACUGAGGCCGUCACCUCCGUGAACAGUCUGGGAAGCAAGCAAGCCUUGAACACAGAUUACCUUGACUCUGAUUACCAAAGAGGACAGCUGUACCCGUUCCCCCUUAGCGGUGAUUUCCAGAUGGCUACAUUCGCUCUCACAAAUUCAGCUCCGAUGACCCAGUCCUUCCAGGACCGGUGGUACAUGAAUCUUGACAGCCUAAUGGACCGGGCCUUGACCCCGCAGUGUGGCAAUGGGGAAGACCUAUAUAUCAUCACAGGUGCCGUACCCUCAGACCACAAAGUCAAAGACAGAGUGACAGUCCCUGAGUUUGUGUGGCUGGCAGCCUGUUGUGCUGUCCCUGGAGGAGGCUGGGCCAUGGGCUUUGUCAAGCAUACCCGGGACAGUGACAUCGUAGAAGACGUGAUGGUGAAAGAUCUUGAGAAACUGCUUCCAUUUAACCUUCAGCUGUUCCGGAAUAACUGUGACGAAACUGAGCAAGACACAGAGAAAAUGAAAAAGAUCCUGGAAAUGGUUAACCAAGUCCAGGAUGAGGAGCGAAGGGUGCGGUCUCAAGAGCGCUCUAGUCCCCUCUCCAGCACCAGGAGCAAGAGGUCUGUUCUGUUGCCUCCAGAGGCGUCUGAGGGAAGCAGCAGCUUUUUGGGAAACCUCAUGGGCUUCAUUGCUACCCCAUUCAGCAAGCUUUUCCAGUUAAUUUAUUACCUUGUGGUCACAGUCCUGAAGUACAGUGUCUACUUCCUGUGGUUUGUUACCAAGCAGGUGAUCAGCAGCAUAGAAAGUUGCCUUUACCGCCUGGGCUCAGCCGCCAUCUCAUACUUCAUGGCCAUUGGGGAAGAGUUGGUGAGCAUACCCUGGAAGGUGCUCAAGGUCAUAGCCAAGGUCAUCAGGGCUGUUCUCCGGAUCCUUUGUUGUCUGCUGAAGGCCAUUUGCCGCAUUCUGGGCAUCCCUGUCCGAGUCCUCGUGGAUGUGGCCACUUUCCCCGUGUACACCUUGGGUGCUGUUCCAAUUGUGUGCAAGGACAUUGCAGUGGGCCUUGGUGGCACCAUGUCUCUGCUCUUUGACACUCUUUUUGGCACCAUGGGUGGCCUAUUUCAGGUGGUUUUUAGUAUCUGCAAGCGGUUUGGCUAUAAGGCUACUUUUGACAAUUCUGGGGAGUUGUAGGACUCUAAAAGCUAAUUGUGUCCAGUCACAGUGAAUUUGAAAGCUAGAGUAUUUUGUCUUUAUGAUGGGUUUCUGUUCAUUGUCAGUUGUCAUUAUAUUUUGGCCUUUGGUGGGGGUGUUUGCUUGUUUUUGCAAAGGAAGGUGGCGCAAUGUAGACUUGACACAAGAGAAAUGCUCAGGGUGAGAUUAAGUGUACUGAGGUGCUGUGUACCUCCAGUCCUGUGUGCACACCUGCAAGCCACGAAUACCUUCAGUUAUUCACUCUGACACAGAUGACCACCUGAUAUGCUCUGGUAUUCAUUUGUGAUGAUUAAAAAUUAUAGGGGAGGGAAGAAUUAGAAAGAAGAUGACUUUUAACCAAAGGGUUUCUGAGAAAAGGAGAAUGGAAUCUUGUUCCUCGUAUUACUCUUUGAGACUUCAGGCAAAACAGAUAAAAA